AUGUCGUCGACUUCCGAGUUUCGCGGGGUCUGCUUUGCUCCAUUCCUUCAAGAAACCCUAUUCCCAGAAACUGGUGGCUUCAUCUCUGGACGGUUUUGUAUGCCUGUAGCCGCACUUGGAAACACUACCUGUUGUUUACCUUGCCCGACCACAAAUUGGACAUAUGCAGAUGGCUUCGAACAGAGGACCGAGAUCGCCAAUUGGGUUAACCUUGCGGCCUUCAUCUUGUCUGUCUAUCUGUUGUUAUCAUUCAUGAUCCUUCCUGUCAAGUAUACUCGCAGACACUACCUGAGUGUUUGUGUCACCCUCGGUGUGGUAUUUAUGGAGCUUGCCUUCGUUGUUCCUCUAGCUGCAAAGCCAGACCAAUGUUUCAACGAAAUCACGCCAAAUGACAUGAAAUCAAGUGGUUCAUGUGCAAUCAGCGGUGCAUUCUUACUGUUUGGAGGAUUGGCAGUGGUCAUUUGGGUCUUUUGCCGAGCACUGGCGCUUCACCUACAAAUCUGCUGGGAAGUCGUGCCUGGUGACAAAUUCUUCUACACGAGUCUAGCAUUCGGAUGGCUUGUACCGGUGAUCAUCCUGGCUGUGAUGCUGAGCCUGACUGGUGUUUCAUUCCGUUUCGGCGAUGUAUGCCACAUCAACCACAAAAACGCUCUGCAAGACUUCUGGGGCCCUCUUUUGGCAUUUGCUGCACUGGCAUUGGUUCUCCAAUUUAUCACCAUCGGAUACUGUAUCCAUGUAUACAUCAGGAGCCUUCUCCAUGACGAUAAAACGACAACGAACUCGAGCGCAACCCCAACAUAUUCCGGAAGCGUGAGGACCAUGUCUGCAAGGCAGGCUUACCGCAGAGUCAAGAAAAUCGUACAGCUACAAUGGCGUGGUGCCACCAUCGUGCUUCUUAUCAUCGGAGAAGUUGUCUUCUUCUCGGUGGUUUUUGUCUCCAUGGACAACAGUACCCAGGUCAAUGCCGACCUUCUGAAGCGAGCAGCUCCUUGGCUUACAUGCUUGUUCGAGUCAAAAGGAGAUAAAAACAAGUGUCUCGAUCUUACCUCGGCACUCGUACAACCUGAGGGUGUUGUCCUGGCCGUACUAAUCAUCCUCGGACUUAGUGGGUUUUGGUGCUGUAUACUUUUCGGUCGCUGGUCCAUGAUUACUGGAUGGAGAGAAUUCUUCAGCUCCAGAUUCCAACGUAAGAACGAAUUUGUCUCGGCGGAUGCCAGACGGUUCUCCGACGACCCUCGUACGUACGAACUACUGUCAGGGAACAAUCCAGGACUGAAUAUAAAAUCUCCAGAUCGAGUUUUGACAAGCCCGCUUGCACGAUCUCCAUAUACCCCAGGCCAGCUGGAUUCCAAACAGGACUAUUUCACUCCAGCUCGUGCCUAUACCAAUCCUCAAUCAAGUUUCUCAUACCCACAGACCCCAGCUCGGACUCGUGACUGGGAUCCGACGUCUUCACAUGCAGGACCUGGGAACUUCAACUCGACAAGCUAUCCCAUGAAUAAGCUACCUUGA